UACAGGUACUUGACUAGCCCACCUGCUUCUUCUCACAGUGCUACUAAGGUUUUAGUUAAGAAGGUUAGAGGCAGCACACGUUUGAGGACCUUGACAAGACGUAUCGGUGAAAAGAGGCUUCAUGUCUACAUUGAUGCAGCUACAGGGAGGCCAUCAGGUCCGAACCGUGAGACAUUUACUAGUUAUUUAGGUGCAUUGGCACGUGAGAAGGUAUCGAUUUUGCAUCCUUCAUGGGAUCAGGUGAAGGAGUCAACAAAGAAGUUGCUUUGGGAGGAUAUUUUGGCACACUUUGAGAUAGUACCAUCUGAAGCUGUCAGGGGAAAGACAUUAUCUUCAAUUGCAAACCUGUGGAGACACUUUAAAACCCAUCUCACCACGCGAUGGGCUUUGAAUGAGGACAAAAUUAACCAAGGAAUGACUCCAUGCAGUAUGUAUGGUAUCAAUGAGGAUACAUGGAAGCAGUUUGUAGAGAUUCGGUCUACUGCAUCUUGGGAGAAAAAGAGAAAAAAAGCUCAAGAAUUCCAAAAGAAGAACGAUACUCCUCACCGGUUAUCUCGAGGGGGUUAUCAGGUAUUGGAGGAGAAAUUAAUGGCUGAAAAGAUCAAAUUAAGGGAAGAGCAGACAUUAGAAUGUGAUAUUGAGCCUCGGACAAACAUUAGUCCCCCUUCUCCUCCUUCACGUCAUGUUAAAUGGAAGAGGGCUCGAAUGACAUCAUCAGGCCAAUUCACAUCAGAAUCAGCACUUCAAAUUGCUAAGCGCAUUGAUUCCCUGGAGAUGCAGUCCAAACAGGGUAUGUUUCAUCCCUCCGGGCGUCAAGAUAUACUUGCUAUUGCUAUUGGACGUCCAGAUCAUCCUGGUUGUGUUCGUGCAGCUGGUAAAGGUGUGGGAAUACGACAGUAUUUUGGACAUUGAACAAGGAAUGUUUUUGUCUCAAUCUUUUUCAUGCUCCUUUUCAUAGAUACAGUGAGAUGUUUUCCUAUUUAAAAUGAUGAAUGAGAACAUGUCAAUAAACAUAGAUUAUAGGGAUGCUUUGGAAUUUUUUAUGGGGGAAGUAUUUGAAAAUUUCAAUCAUGCAAGGGGAAUGUAAAUUUAUAGAACUUGGAAAUGUUUAAGACAUGUAUAGCUGUUUUGAAGAAUUAUAAUGUUUCUUUAGUAUAUGUUGUGUUCAUGUGUUUUUGUGAUACAAUCAUUGUGCUGAAUUUUCUGUUUUAUAGGCAGGUUACUCCUGAAGUAGGUGGAUAAUUAUUCAAAUCCGUUUAGUUGAAUUUUCAAUUGUUGCUUACUUAAUAAAUAUAAGUUGUCAGAUUUGUUUCAA